AUGCAUCUUUGGAUGCGGCGUUGCUUCUCCAUCAUUGUCAACACCGAGCAGCUAUACGCGGUACCCAAGGCCAUGCAGCAGGCCAUGCAGGGAAAGCGCGCAAGAGUGACGAAAAAAGCGAUCAGCAAGACAGACAGUACUCCAGAUAACAAAGGUGUUGGAGGUUCCUCAUCGGCGGAGACAGUGACGACGAAGGAACACACGCAUGACGCAGCAGUCACAACGAACACAUUUUAUGAGCCAAACGUUUUGCCUGAUUAUGGAGGAGAGCUGUACCAGCACGUUAACGCUAAACUCCACUGGUACUCUAGCCUCAGGCGUGGAACCCUUGUCAUGGUGAGAGCAACUUUGCACGCAUUCAAUUGGAAAGAGCGUCGGGUCUAUCAGUUGAACGCACACACUGUUCGCGUGAUGGACCCGUCCAAGUUGGACAUGGAGCCAUUGAGUUCGCAAGCCAGUGGAUCCGAAUAUGACACAGGAGCAUCAAGCUCUAAGUUGCGUGCAUCAGAUGCCAUGGCUGGAGUGCAAUUGGGAAAAAGAGCGAGAGAGGAAUGA